AUGAAGUACCUUAAUACGUUCUCGUCACUCAGGGGUGCACUAGUACUCGGCCUCACGAUCUCUGUAGCAGCAGCCCCAGCACCUGGUAAGAUAGGGAAACUCGUAACGUUCGCCGACAUCUUCUCCGGAAACUAUUCAGUCUCCAGCACUUCUGUACAAUGGAUCGCCGACUCCAGCGAUGGCACAUACGUGGUCCAAGAUCCCACAACUGGUUCUCUAGUGUUUGCCAACAUUGUUACUGGCACCAAUGAGACAUUUGUGGAUGCUGCAGAUAUAGGGGAGGCGGCUUCUACCUUUUACGACUACUACAUUCAGCCGUCGGGGGACAAUGUGCUGUUUUCGGCAAACUAUACGAAGCAGUACAGAUAUUCGUUCUUUGCGGACUACUAUAUAUUCAAUAGGGCUAGUAAGAGCUUGAAACCGCUUGUAGACGAUCAGGUUGGAGAUAUCCAGUAUGCGGGUUGGAAUACUAGAGGGGAUAGCAUUGCGUAUGUGAGGGGGAACAAUUUGUUCAUGUGGGUUAAUGGAACUGUCACGCAGAUUACAGAUGAUGGCGGGGUGGACGUCUUCAAUGGCGUUCCAGAUUGGGUAUACGAGGAAGAGAUUUACGGUGAUACAAAGGUUCUCUGGUUCUCACCAGACGGUGAAAAUCUUGCAUUCCUGCGCUUCAAUGAAACAGGCGUACCAACCUACACCAUACCCUACUACAUGGAUUCUCAAUCAAAAGCCCCUCCAUACCCCAGAGAACUCGAACUUCGGUAUCCCAAAGUAGGGGAAACCAAUCCCACUGCAACAUUUCACCUGCUCGAUCUUUCGGACCUUGCAGCUGGUCCCCAGGAAAUUGAGUUUGAAUCUUUUGCCCCGGAAGAUCUACUGAUCACGGAGGUUGCUUGGGUCGCCGAAGAACAUGAAGCUGUCAUCUUCCGCACAAUGAACAGAGUUCAGAAUCUUGAGAAGUUGAUUGUUGUAGAUGUUAAAAGCGCCGAGUCGAGUGUAGUCCGGGAGAGAGAUGGGACAGAUGGGUGGAUUGAUAACAAUCUUGCAAUUCAAUACAUCCCCGGUCUUUCAACUCCCUCGUACAUUGAUAUCUCAGAUCAUACUGGAUAUGCCCAUCUCUAUCUCUAUCCCGUUGCUGGCGGCUCCCCAAUUGUCCUCACAUCUGGAGAAUAUGAAGUCAUCUCGAUCGUCAAGGUCGAUGUCUCUCGAAAUGUCGUUUACUAUCUCUCAACCGAGCGUGACUCCACAGAGCGCCACCUAUACUCUGUCGGUCUAGAUGGAAAAGGCAAAAAGGCUCUCGUAGACACCAACAAAGAUGGGUACUGGGCGGCCUCAUUCUCGGACGGUGGUGCCUACUACAUUCUCUCAUACAGAGGCCCUGAUUUACCCCAUCAGGAGCUGUACUCGGUCAACAACACCAAUGUAGCAAUCAAGACCAUGACUGACAACGCAGCGCUUAAAACAAAGCUAGCUGAAUUCAAUCUCCCUACUGUAUCUUGGAGUACUCUUAAACAUCCUGACGGGUACGAACUAAAUGUAGUCGAGUAUCUUCCCCCUAACUUUGACCCAAAGAAGAAGUAUCAGGUCCUCUUUGACAUAUACGGAGGACCCGGUUCUCAAGAAACCGGCAAGACCUUCCGUCGAAAUGUAGGUUGGAGUUCGUACGUCACUAGCGACCCAGAGUUGGAGUAUAUCAUCCUCUCGGUCGACAACCGUGGGACUGGUUUUAAAGGAAGAGCAUUCAGGACCCUUGUGAACAGGCAACUCGGAAAGCUAGAGGCACAGGAUCAGGUUUGGGCGGCGCAACAGUGGGCCAAAAAGAGUUAUGUUGAUGAGAAAAAGAUUGCGAUAUGGGGGUGGAGCUUUGGAGGGUAUUUGACCAGCAAGGUGCUGGAGCUCGAUAGCGGGGUGUUUUCCCUCGGCCUAAUCACCGCCCCUGUAUCAGACUGGCGUUUCUAUGAUUCGAUGUAUACAGAACGCUACAUGGGCACCCUUGAAGACAACCAAGCCGGCUACGCAGAGUCCGCUGUCGCCCUACCCGGAGGCUUCAAGAACGUUGCGGGCGGAUUCCUAGUCCAGCAUGGUACCGGCGAUGAUAAUGUCCAUUUCCAGAAUAGUGCCGCCCUUGUAGAUACCCUGAUGGUUGCCGGUGUCUCUCCGGAGAAGAUGAGGGUGCAGUGGUUCACGGAUAGCGACCACAGCAUCAACUUCCAUGGAGGGACACCGUUCCUAUACAAGCAGCUCGCGAAGGCUCUUUAUGAAGAGAAGGAGAGAAAAGAGACUACGAAACAUCAAUGGAGCCGUAGAGGGGAGUAG